GUAUUUUUUACGAGAACGCACGCUUGCUCUUAGUUGUGGGCCGACGAUGCACCAAAGGUGCUGUCGCUUGGAUUAGUUCGCUGGCUAAGUCUGGAGCAGGCUCAAGACCCCUUAGAUCGAGUCUCCAAGCAGUUAGCCUCUCGUGUCAUCAGUAGUUGAGACUAUUCUGGAGGCGAUCAUGGGUCUCUUGGUGCGCCAGCGAACUCUGUGUGCGGCCAUCUCGGGCGCACUCCUGGUUGUUGCUGCUCUUCAAGCGUGCAUAUCUGGUGCAUUCGGUCAGAGCCUUCAAGUCGGCGUACAGCCCGUGCAAGGGGCUGCUUCUGCCUUCCUCUCCACACGAGCCGCCAGGCUGCAUCCACAAGCCACCAAGCCACCCACACAAGCCACCGCCAAAUUACCCACGCCACCCCCCACGCCCAAAUCCAUCUUCGCUACCACUAAGGCUGCCACCGUUAAAAAGCCUCUGCCUUCCAAAACGCCAACUAAAACGCCAUCUAAAACGCCUGCGAAGACACCACCACCAGCGGCGCCAAAGAAAACUCCCGCGACUCCCGCGAAGCCGCCUGUCAGACCACCGGCCAGACCGCCGCCGGUGUCUCCACCGAGAAAGUCUCCCCCCAAGCCGGUAGCUAAACCGCCGCCGGCUCCGCUCCGGCUGACGCCGAUCGCGAGCGUGCAGCAGCCGCCAUGGCCGUACUCUAGCAUGAAGAACAUCCCCCCUGACGUGCCGCCGCCGCCCUACCCUCCCGCCCCCCCUGCCCUGCGCGUGCCGAGCGUGGGCGUGAUAACGAACAUCAUGGACGUGUGCCGCGUGUGCUCGUCGCUGCCGUACGACGGCGCGUGCUACGGCGACUACGUGUCCACGUGCGUGGCGGCCAUGAACCAGCUGCGCCGCAACGUGUGGAAGGUGCCGGACCAGGUGUGCGACUGCUACAGCGCCAUCGCCAGCCAGAUGAUCCGCAUUUGCCCCGGGAUCGACCGCCGCGUGGCGUACGUCCGAAACUGCGACUCCUACUGCUUUUACGGCGCGCGCUGCACGUUCGUGCCCACCCUGUACGCCUUGCUCACGCCCGAGCACGUGGUCACCACAGGCAACUCCACUGCCGCCCCCUCGGGGCGCGGAGUGGCGGUGCUGGACCUGCAGCCGAACAUGACGGCCAUGGCAGGUGUCAACUUCCUCGUGCAGCUCUCCUCCGCUCCCACUGCCACCUCCUCCUCCUCCUCGUCUUCCUCCUCUUCCGCCGCUGCCCCCGCCCCGCUCAGUAUAACGGGAGUCGGGGUGUACAACGCGAUAAUGGGGUCGGAGGGCCCGCUGACGCUGCCGCUCUUGGCGGCACAGGCGGGGCAGGCGCUGGGGUCGGACGGGACGGGGCGGGUGGAUACUGGGCUGGCGCUGCUGCAGCGGAUGACGCUGGAGCCGUAUAGCUUCUACAUCCAGGUCGACACGCCUGGGGGGAGUCUGCGCGGGCAGCUGGUCUUCUCGCCGCACCUGUUUAGCAUUGCCACGUCCAGGAACGUGCCCACGAGCUGUGCGAGCGGGGACUGCAUGGCCAUUGUGGACCUUGAUAUCUCGCCCACCAACAUCGUGUACUCGUUUGCCUACUCAUCCGGCGUGGCGGGCAUCAUAGGCGCGUCCGUCAUCCAGGGCGCAGCCGGCUCGUCUGGCGCACGGCUGUUUGACUUCUUCUGGCCGGGCGCCAACGCGCCCUCCUUCACCAAUGGCGUCACGCCACCUGUCACGGCGAUCCAGUCGCUGCUGACUGCCCCGCAGUCGCACUACAUCUACUUCACCACUCAGCUGAUGCCAUUCGGCGCGCUGCGUGGUCAGUUCCAGGACACGCUAUACGUGACGGCGGUGAUGUACGGCGCGAGCGUGGUCAACUUCCCCGGCACGACCACGCAGGGGCAGGGGUCGGGGGCAGCGGGCAUGGGGUUCUUUGACGCGGUGCUGGGCGGGGGCGGCAUCUGCUACACGUUCCGCUUCUCCUCCUCUGUCAAGACCGCCUGCAACUACGCCUACCUGCACCAGGGCGAGUUAAAUAAGCGUGGGCCCAUCUACCUGUACCAGACGCUGCGCAUCGUCCCCGGGCAGCAGCUGUGCGUGCCGGCCGACCCUGACAUCACAGCGGCCAUGGCGCUGCGGCCCCAGCGCUUCUACGUACAGGCCUACUCCCUGCAGUUCCCGUAUGGUGCCUUCAGGGGCCAGCUGCACCCUGAUAAAGCCAGCAGCGGGCUUACCAGCAGCUGAGCUGGGGGGGUGGUUGUAAGGGCAGGAGGGGUUGCGGAGUGGAGAGGGAUGAGGUGAUGGGGGAUGGAAGGACUGUACAACGAAGAAGGAAGAACAACGAACUUGCUGUAACAGGACGCACUUGUUGUCAUCAUAUACUGGGUUCUGCUGCGUGUGCAACAUCCCAUUUUGCAUGCCACGGAUGUCGAAGAUGAGAUUCGGUUAGUGGACUGGGGUACCAUAUCAAGAACUCCAGGUCUCAGCUCACAAGCAGUACAGUACGAGUGAUGGCGCAAGAUGAACUAUGCGAGACUCGUUUCGCAGGGUGUACCCCAACAGUGCAGCAGCUCACAAGCCGAGCAAGCAACGAACCACGGAAUGAAGUCACUGUGGGUAGGACCAUUUGCAGUGAUUGUGCCACUGUCACAAACUA